ACACAACAGGAGUUGGAACUGAGGAGAGCAGAGAGGAGCUCGGACUUCGUCAGCUUUAGAGAAGCCAGGAGACUGCUAUCAUGGCGGGGAAGCCCAAGCUUCACUACUUCGAUGGACGGGGCAGAAUGGAAUCCAUCCGGUGGCUCCUGGCUGCAGCUGGAGUGGAGUUUGAAGAGAAAUUUAUAAAAACUGCAGAAGAUUUGGAAAAGUUAAGAAACGAUGGGAGUUUGAUGUUCCAGCAAGUGCCCAUGGUUGAGAUUGACGGGAUGAAGCUGGUGCAGACCAGAGCCAUUCUCAACUACAUCGCCACCAAGUACAACCUCAACGGGAAAGACAUGAAGGAGAGAGCCCUGAUUGAAAUGUAUGCAGAAGGUGUGGCAGAUUUGAGUGAAAUGAUCAUGCUUCUGCCCUUUUGUCCUCCUGAUCAAAAAGAUGCAAAGAUUGCUCUGACCAAAGACAAAACAACAAAUCGCUAUUUCCCUGCCUUUGAAAAAGUGUUGAAGAGCCACGGACAAGACUACCUUGUUGGCAACAGGCUGAGCCGGGCUGACAUUCACCUGGUUGAACUUCUCUACUGUGUAGAAGAGCUUGACCCCAGCCUUAUCAGCAACUUCCCUCUGCUGAAGGCUCUGAAAACCAGAAUCAGCAACCUCCCCACUGUGAAGAAGUUUCUACAGCCUGGCAGCCAGAGGAAGCCUCCCAUAGAUGAAAAAGGUUUAGAAGAGGCAAGGAAGAUUUUCAGGUUUUAAUAAAACAGGCAUGGAUGCCAAGCACAUGCCAAUGGAACUUGUCGAGAUUUACCACAAAAGAAUGCCUCACCUAAAUGUUGAU